AUGCUGCAAGGGCAUGAGCGUGCCAUCACGCAAAUCAAGUACAAUCGCGAAGGAGAUUUAUUAUUCUCUGCUGCCAAGGAUUCGAAACCUAAUGUAUGGUGGUCUUUGAAUGGAGAGAGGCUAGGUACUUUCAAUGGUCACGGAGGAGUAGUAUGGUGCCUUGACGUAGAUUGGCAGACUAUUAACCUCAUCACCGGGGGUGGUGAUAGUUCCUGCAGGCUUUGGGAUUUGGAGACUGGAAAGAAUAUAGCCACCAUAAAAACCAAUUCCUCCGUAAGAACAUGCAACUUUAGCUUUAGUGCGUACCAGGCCGCAUAUACUACUGAUAAGGCUAUGGGUCAUCCAUGUGAGGUGUUUGUAAUAGAUACUAGAACUAUUGAUGACUCACUCUCAACUCAAGCUCCUAUUCUUAAAUGGGAAAUCACAGAUUCAAAAGUUACAUCUAUGGUGUGGGGAACUUUAGAUGAAACUAUUAUCACAGGUCACGAAGCAGGUGACCUUAUCCAGUGGGAUUUAAGAACUGGAAAGAAAGUGCAUUCUGUCAAAGAGCACACCCACCAAAUUAACGACAUGCAGUUAUCCAGAGAUGGCACCAUGUUCAUUACUGCUUCCAAGGAUCAAACUGCUAAACUAUUUGACACCUCAUCACUUGAAUUGCUUAAGGAAUACAAAACUGAACGUCCCGUCAACUCGGCAGCACUUAGCCCUAUCCUAGACCAUGUAGUUCUCGGUGGUGGUCAAGAUGCUAUGGAAGUAACCACAACUUCCACCAGACAGGGCAAGUUCGAUGCCCGUUUCUUCCACCUUGUCUUUGAAGAAGAAUUCGGACGUGUAAAAGGUCAUUUCGGUCCCAUCAACAGUUUGGCGUUCCAUCCCGACGGAAAGAGCUUUGCUUCUGGUGGUGAAGAUGGUUAUAUUCGUGUACAGAGCUUUGAUCAAUCCUACUUUGAUUAUACCUUUGAUUACAACCGAGAUUAA